AUGCAGAAUAAAUCUGAUCCAUAUGAUUCAGCUGGUCUAGUUUCAAAUGAAGCUUGCUUAUAUAGUCAGGAUAUCAUUGAACCUGAACCUACAUCUGCAAUAAAAGCACUUGUAAGUCUAGCUUGGAAAGCUGCCAUGCAAGUUGAGUUUGAUGCUCUGUCCAGCAUACACUGGUUUCUUGUUCCACAUCUUCCGAUAGAAUAUUGUGGGGAACAAAUGGGUUUUCAGGACAAAUUCAAUGAGAUGGCAGUCUCCAAAAAUACAAAGCCAGUAUUUCUUGGGUUGGAAGCAAUAGAACUUCAGCUGGUGUCUUCCCUUGAAAGUCCAGCUUUCAAACAUCCUAGUUUAUACAGAAGCACUAUUGGUGCUCUUCAGUAUUUAACUCUUACUCGUCCUGACAUCAGCUUCCCUGUCAACAAACUCAAUCAACACUGCAAGCCCCAACAAAUCUGCAGUGGCAAGCGUGCAAGAAGAUCCUUAGAUACACAAAGUGAUGCCAAUUGGGGAAGUAGUCCUGAUGAUCGAAGGUCUACAAGUGGGUGUUGUGUUUUCUUAGGUCCAAAUCUUAUUCAAUGGAGUUUUCACAAGCAAAAAGUGGUAGCAUGUCCAACUGAGGCUGAAUACAGAGCACUUGCUCAAACUGCACAUGAGGUAGCCUGUUUUCCGCACGGACGAAACAUAUUGAACAGGAUGCACACUAUUCGUGAACAAGUUUUAGCCAAGAAGUGGUGGUCAGUAUGUACCAUCAAAACUUCAAAUUGUGAUCUUCUAACAAAGCCUCUCUCAACUGCUCAAUUCAGUAGCUUUCAGUGCAUUUGGUGUUUUUCAGAUGAGUUUGCAACUGGUAGUGCAGAUUUCUAA